UUUUGGGACAUUGUGUUGGGUCUAGGAAAAAGAAUGGCAGGAGAGAUGGGAUGGUUCAUGGAAGCAGGGGGGGGGAUUUGGCAGCAGCACAGUAUUAAAGGCACAGGGUCCAGAUAGACGACAGACUGUAGGAACAGAGAGUCACACUGUAGAGGACAGAGAGCAUUCAGGAUGCCAGAGCCAGUCAAAAAAACAGUUUCAGCAUUUGCCAAGAAACCAAAGACUCAGGAGGCAGAGGAGGGCUCCUCUGUGCUCUUUGAAGCAGAGACAGAGAAGCCUGAUGCUAAAGUAAAAUGGCAGUGCAACUCAAAGGACAUUGCCGUUGGCGACAAAUAUGUGAUCACAGCCGCUGGAAACAAGCAUUCCCUCGCUAUAACAGCCAUUACCAAGGAAGAUGCCAAUGUGUAUGCAGUGAUUGCUGGGGGUUCAAAGGUCAAAUUUGACCUGAAGGUCGUAUCAAAGCCAGGAGCUCCCGUUAAGGCCCCUGCUGUGGCUUCUGGGAAGUCCGAUGUAGACCCAGAAAAGGCUCCUGCGGAGACUGCACCACCUGCUGAUCCUGCUCCAACCGCUGAUCCUGCUCCAUCUGGAGAUCCUGCUCCACCUGCAGCAGCACCUACAGGAGAGCAGCCCGUGGUCGCAGCACAAGAUGCUCCUCCAGCUGAGGACGGACAGCCUCCAGACACCAGACAGGACCUGACUGGACUCUUCACAGAGAAACCCACCAGUGGGGACGUCACUGUAGGUGAAAACAUCACAUUUGUGGCUAAAGUCUGUGCUGAGUCAUUGUUGAAGAAACCCACCAUCAAAUGGUUCAAAGGGAAGUGGAUGGACCUCGCCAGCAAGUCUGGAAAACACCUGCAGCUGAAGGAGACUUAUGACCGCAGCACUAAGAUCUACACGUUUGAAAUGCAAAUCAUCGCAGCCAAGGCAAACUUUGCUGGAGCCUACAGAUGUGAGGUAGCAUCCAGGGACAAGUUUGACAGCUGUAACUUUGACCUGGCUGUACAUGAGGCUCGUGCUGCUGAAGGUUUCGAUAUUAGAACAGCGUUUAGGCGCACUAGCGCAGAUGGAAAAGAGGACUCAGGAGAGCUGGACUUCAGUACCUUAUUAAAAAAGAGCAGCAGUUUCUUAAAAUCCUCAAACCGAGCCGUGCAGGUGAGCGCAGACCCAGACUCAGACGUCUGGAAUAUUCUCAGCCAUGCUCCUUCUUCAGAAUAUGAGAAGAUCGCUUUCGAGCAUGGCAUUACCGACCUGAGAGGCAUGCUCAAGAGACUGAAGAAGAUGAAGAAAGAAGAGAAGAAAAGUGCAGCUUUCAUCAAAAAGUUGGAUCCUGCUUACCAAGUGAAAAAGGGACAUAAAAUAAAACUGGCCAUUGAGGUUGCCAAUCAAGAUGUUGAGGUGAAAUGGCUGAAGAAUGGACAAGAACUUCAACCAACUGGAAGCAAAUACAUCUUUGAGAGUGUUGGCAACAUGCGCUACCUCACCAUCAACCAUUGCUCGUUGGCAGACGAUUCAGCAUACAGCUGCGUCGUGGGGGAGGAGAAAUGCACCACUGAGCUCUUUGUUCAAGAGCCUCCCAUCACGAUCGUGAAGAAUCUGGAGGAUCAGAUGGUGAUGAAGGGUGAACGGGUGGAGUUAGUGUGUGAAGUCUCAGAGGAAGGAGCCAAUGUGAAAUGGGAGAAAGACGGUGUGGAAUUGACAAGAGACGAGUCUUUCAAGUAUCGGUUCAAGAAAGAUGGCUGCAAACAUGUCCUGAUCAUUAAUGAGGCCACGAAAGAAGACUGCGGACACUACAAGGUUAAAACCAACGGUGGCGAGUCUAUGGCUGAACUGCUGGUGCAGGAGAAAGACCUGGAGGUCUACCAAAGCAUUGCAGACCUUACAGUGAAGGCAAAAGAUCAAGCUGUGUUCAAGUGUGAGGUGUCUGAUGAGAAAGUGAAAGGAACCUGGUACAAGAACGGUGUGGAAGUCAAGCCGGAUGCCAGAGUUAAUAUCACGCAUAUUGGCAGGAACCACAAACUGACCAUUGAUGAUGUCAAACCAGAGGAUGAGGGAGACUACACUUUUGUGCCAGAUGGCCACGCUUUCAAUCUUUCUGCUAAACUCAAUUUCUUGGAGGUGAAGAUUGAUUUCGUGCCACGCCAGGAUCCUCCAAAGAUCCAUCUGGACUGUAUGGGCCGCACGGCAGAGUCCACAAUCAUUGUGGUUGCUGGCAACAAGCUGCGUCUUGAUGUCCCCAUCACUGGAGACCCUGCUCCCACAGUGAUCUGGACCAAAGGAGACAAGGUCGUCACAGAGGGAGACAACAGGGUCCAUGUAGAAACCACCAAGGGACACUGUGUCUUCACCAUCGAGGGGGCGGAGAGGCAGGACGAGGGAAUCUACUCUGUUGUGGUCCGAAAUCCUGCCGGGGAGGACACUGCUGAUAUCAAUGUGAAAGUUGUCGAUGUUCCAGACCCUCCUCAGACUCCCAGAGUCCUCAGUGUGGGGGAGGACUCCUGUGUUGUCCAGUGGGACCCCCCUCUGUUUGAUGGUGGACAGCCAAUUAUUGGCUAUGUGCUGGAGAGGAAGAAGAAGAAGAGCUACAGGUGGAUGAGACUGAACUUUGACCCUUACCCUGACACCACCUAUGAAGCCAAGCGGAUGAUUGAAGGGAUGGAGUAUGAGAUGCGAGUCUAUGCCGUCAACGGCAUCGGCAUGUCCCGCCACAGUCCAGCCUCACAGUCUUUCGUGCCAGUCGCACCCACAAGUGAGCCCAUUGGACUCUGCGUGGAAGACAUCAGUGACACUACUAUCUCGCUGAAGUGGCGUCCGCCUGAGAGGAUCGGCUCCGCUGAACUCGAGGGUUAUGGGGUUGAGUACUGCAAGGAGGGCACGGAUGAAUGGAUACCAGCUAUUCAGGGUCUGACUGACCGUACGUCGUUGAUGAUCAGAGAUCUCACCACCGGAGACAAGCUGCAGUUCCGUGUGCGGGCCUUCAACAUGGCGGGGCCGAGCGCUGCCUCCACACUGGCCCAGCCUGUCACCAUCAGAGAGAUAAUGCAACGUCCUAGAAUUUUGAUCCCCAGAAAUCUGCGUCAGACUCUCGUCAAGAAAGUUGGAGACACUGUUAAUCUUAUGAUCAAAUUUCAGGGAAAGCCCAGGCCAAAGGUCAUUUGGAGCAAAGAUGGGGAGCCUCUGAGUCCUACAUUCGCCAGUGUGAGGAACAGCGAAGUUGAUACCAUCCUUUUCAUCCGCAAGACCGAGAGAACACACUCGGGGAAGUAUGAUCUCCAGGUGCAGAUUGAAAACGUAGAAGACAAAGCGAGUAUCACACUGCAAGUGGUUGAUCUCCCAGGGGCUCCGGAGGCUCUGAAGAUCACAGAUGUCUGGGGCUUCAACGUGGCACUGGAGUGGAAGCCCCCGAAGGACGACGGUAACUGUGAAAUCACUGGUUACACAAUUCAGAAAGCUGACAAGAAGACCAUGGAGUGGUUUACAGUCUACGAGCAAUACAGGCGAACUAAUUGCGUUGCAUCUGACCUCAUCAUGGGGAAUGAGUACGUCUUCAGAGUCUUUGCUAUCAACCAGGUGGGCCUCAGCCUGGAGUCGUGCAACACACCCGACAGCGCUUACAUCCAAAAAACAGCUAUUGAGUACAAGCCGCCCACCUACAAGGACCAUGACUUCACGCAGGCUCCCAAGUUCACACAUCCACUGGUGAACCGGUCAAUCAUAGCAGGAUACAGUACCACCCUCAGCUGCUCCCUCAGAGGCUCACCAAAGCCCAAAGUGACCUGGUUCAAAAACAAGAUGGACAUCUCCAAUGAAGCCAAGUACCGGAUGCUCAGCAGACAAGGUGUUCUGACGCUGGAGAUCCGUAAGCCCUGCACGUUCGACGGGGGGGUGUAUAUGUGCAAAGCAGUCAACGACAGCGGAGAAGAUAUAGUGGAGUGUAAACUGGAGGUCCGCCCUCAAGUUCCUAGAGAGGAAAAGAAGAAAGAGGUCUGAGCUGUUGACGGAAGAGAAGAUGGAUGCGUCUCCUGCAUGUUUUCAGUUUUUCCCCCUACAUCACAAAAUGUGUUUAGCCCACAUUUAUUUAACUUUUGGAAAACUCUCCUCUUCUGGAAUCAUAUAGUCAUACUCACUGCUGUGUUAGUAUGAUGUGUACCACUGGAUUACUGAAUUACACUUACUUUUAGGAAGAAUGGAUAAUGGUGUCCUAGCAUUAAAAAUAGCAAGUCAAAGAAGGUGGCAAUAUUUAUUUAAUGAAUUCAGGAUUUGUGAUGUUGUUCCAGUAUUUCAACUGAAAUGGAUUAUAGUGUUUGGAAUUGUUUGUGUGCUUACAUAGGUCAAUAUAAAUGCUUCAAAAACUCAA